CGUCUCUUUCCCUUGAAUUUCAUUCUUGUUGUUCCUUUAUUCGGGGUUGGGCGACUCUGGAGCACAUCGCACGGCCGUUUGGUUCUUCAUCGUCAGGUGUGCUGUGACAAUACAGCGCGACCCAGGCAGGCAUUUGAUUGAUCGUUGUUGUCAUCUGCUUGCUUGUUUUGCUUGCUUGCCUGCCCAUCCGACAACAAACAGGCGCCUGUUCACCUGUCCAAUCCCUCACACUAAAGUUUAGUUCUAGGUACCUUUCCUGAAUUACCUUCCAUUGUUCUCCAGUUAACUUCAACCCCCCAAGCACGCUUCGACCUUGCCUUGGACGCGUCCCUGCAUGCGAUUUCGCUACGGACCACCACGCUGAAUCCAAAGGUCAAACAAAAGACUUUGCAGGCUGGAUUAGGCCCCUUUCCAGCUUAGAAAUUGGGUGUCGCGUCAGGCCGGAUUUUUUUUUUUAUUUUUUAUUUUUCUUUAUUUUUCAUCCCCCAACGACGUGUCAGACUUAUCAAGCCAAGCCCGGAUCUCAUCAUCUCAUGCUUAAGCGCACCAGAGUGGCCGUCCGCCGCGUCUUCCACGUGGUGCCGUGGCCAUGACUCCGCACGGCUUCAGACGCGAUCUCCCAUUCCUCCACAGGAACUGGAUAGACGGAUUACAAAAUGCCAUGGAGCCGCGACCGCCAAGGCGCCUUGACAACCACCUGAUCGAUGGGUGUCGGCCUGCCAAGAAGCGCCGCCUUGAGCGAGAUACGGGUGUGUAUAAUCCCUACCUGGCUGCCGCGGCAGUCGGUUUGCCGGAGGAGGCAAGCGACCAGCAGCCGGCGCUGUGUAUCAAUGUCCAGAGGAUACAGCACAAGGACACUCCCAAGGCUGGCGCUAGUACAUCUCCUCAGCACCUUGACGGGCCCGCCGAGAUUUCCCGGGCUAGGUGCAAAAUCACGAUUCACGGCUGUGAUAAUGGCAGGAAGGAGCUUCUCUUUUGCGCCAGUCAGGUUUGCAGCGUCCAGACCUACAAAAACCCUUCGGCUCCGGGCUACGUCGCCAAGAUCAACCUACCGAAGCCCUUCAUAGUCCCGGCGGAUAUGAUUAUGAUUGAUCGCCAUGAGCACAACCACAUCUUCGACCUGGCUGGCUCGUACACCGCUGAAAUCGAGCUCGGGGGAGUCGGCGAUCCCUCGUGGCCGCCCUUCAAACUGAUAAAAAGCGACGAUGUUGAUGCAUUCGCGGUCUCAUAUAGACCUGAGGAGCGUCAAAAAUGGUCCCUUGUUGCGAUCAUUGAUGAUAUCUGUCCCAAGUCUCUGGCACCCGAUAGUCUUGUCCUUAGACACAGAAGCAUAGAGAUGCCUGAUUGCUCCACUGAUCUUGUGCUCAAGAGAGAGAUUUUGUGGACAACAGGCUUUGCCGAAAAGGUGAACAAGGGGCUAUCUGCGGACACGGUGGAUGGCAAGACUUCAACGUGUCCGGUUAUGAACGGCACAGCGGUCAACGGUAUGGCCAAUGGGCAUGUGAAUGGGUUUUUGUCCAACGGAUAUUCACAUCAGGGGCCCGAACUGACCAACGGUACCGGUGCCAACGGUCAUGUCAAUGGACAUGUGGAGGAGGAUGACGAUGCGGAGGGGGAGCUCACCCCCAACAGGUCUCUUCGUACCCGUGGCCCGGCCAAGAGCUACAACCUCAAGGAACUUAGUGACAAGGCGCAUGGCACAGAACGCAAAAGACGCCGCAAGCUUGGAGAUGUGGACAAGGACGAAAGGGCAGCAGCUGAUGGCAUUGGGCGCAGUGUUGUGUACAAGCUCCCAUCCGAGGAAGUUACCGUUGACGGCCUCAGCUGUUGCGUCUGUGGUGCCACGUCUCCAUCCACGCAACAGUUGAGGGCACACUUUUUGUGCCAUCCUCGCUACCAAUUCGACUUCAUGGAGACGCGUCACGGGAAAGAUGCGCCGCACGUCGUCUUUGUUUCGCUCGAUAUCGUGGCUGCAGAGGGGCAGUCCAUGCAACCCAGAGUCUUUCAAUUAUGCAGAGCCAAAGGCUCAUUGGAUUUGUCGAGAUAUCUGGAUGGAGAUGACUCAUGGGUCACAUCUCGUUUCGGACCCGACCAUGGCGAUAAGCCCGAUGAAUACCAUUCACUCAGGCCUGUGGUUUUGAAGCCGAAGACCACGACUCGUCGCCCAGAGAGCAGUGAAAAUAGCACUAGCAUUCGGAUCAGUGCUGGCAGUCGGGCUGUUGUUCCCCGUAUCAAGCAGCGCCUCUUCCAUCCGCUCAGCAAGGCCCUCUUGGAGCCAGGAAAGCCGGUUCCCAUUGUUGAACCCGACACCGACUGGCUGAUACAAAAGCAUCGUGACCAUCUGCAAGACUUUGUUGAUAUAGAAGACGGUGAGAAAGAGUACAUGAUGGAGUGGGAUGCUUUUGCCUUUAAAGAGCAGCUCUCAUCCAAUGCCUAUAUUGUGCGGGGUCUACUGGCGUUUGUGAGGGCCAAGGCUCCAUGGUUGCUGGCAAAGAAUACGCGCAUGCUUGAGUUUGGGAAGCACAUGGCAACCCUGAGGGCGAGAGGCAGCAUCACGAGUGGUACGAUUGAAGAAGCACUAAAAAUCGUUGCUGAUGCGCGGAGGAAAGGUCUCGCGGCCCCAUUGAUCGCUGCUGCUUCAGGGGCACUGGAACCAAAACCAAGCAUACAAAGAUCCAAGGGCGCAUGUGUUAUUUGCCGCAAGCCAGCUCUGGGGCCAUCUUUGUUAAUCUGUUCGAAUAAGGAGUGCCCGAAACGUUCAUACCACAGCCACUGUGUCCGAUCCGUGGCAAAGGUCUCGGUAGAGAAGAAGAGGGAAUGGCUAUGUAAUGACUGUGUGGACUUGUAAGGGCUAUUGUAGCCGUGACUAUCAAGUUGAAUAUUUCUACAAACUCCUACAUGCUGUUAGAGUGUUUGUAUUGCAUCAGCGAGCGGAGUUAGUUUUAACCAGGUAUUUUUCCUUUCGAGAUUUUCACACUAAUCGUAGGUUAUAUUAUACAAUGCAAGGCUUUCUUUCAUCU